AUGGAUAAACAGUGUAUACGCUACUAUAUAAAAGCUCGCUCGUUACUCGGCUUAAAUGCUACUCAAAUCCAUGACGAAUUGAUCACUGCUUACGGUCAAGACUACGUAUCGUAUCCUACGGUUGCCCUCUGGCUUCAUGCUUUUUCAAGUGGACGAGAGUCGCUUGAAGAUGAUCCACGGAGCGGUCGUCCAAUAACCGCCGUCACUCAAGAAAAUAUUGACGCUGUUCAAGAUCUAGUUAAUGAUGAUCCACAUAUUAGUAUUGAUUAUAUUGCCGACAUCUUGGAUAUAUCCUGUGGCAGUGUGGAUACAAUAUUGAAACAACAUCUACGGUUAAGUAAAGUAUCGUCAAGAUGGGUGCCUCAUGAACUGACACAGGAACAACGGCAGCGACGUGUGACUAUCUGUGCUGAAAAUUUGGAGAAGCUUGAAAGCGGUGUAUGGCGUCUGUGUGAUAUAAUAACCGGCGAUGAGACGUGGGUUUACCAUCGCAGAAUUGAAUCAAAACAACAAUCGAAAGCAUGGAUAGCAGAAGGAGAAAGUCCUCCAACUGUUGUUAGAAGACAACGAUAUGAAAAAAAAACAAUGUUUGUUAUCUUUUUUAUGACAACUGGACCAUUACUUAUUCAUCAGGUUCCUUCUGGAGUAUCUAUUGAUGCUGCCUAUUAUCGUGAUGAAUGUCUGAAACAGUUCCUUAACAAGUUAUUGAAAAAAAGACCAUCAUCAGGCACAAACGGUAUCAAGCUUCAUCAUGACAAUGCAAGACCGCACAUAAAAGAUAUCUUUAUUAAUUAUCUUCAAGAAAAAAAAAUCAAACUUAUGGCUCAUCCACCAUACUCGCCUGACCUUACUCCAUCAGACUUUUGGUUGUUCAGCUAUCUUAAAGAUAGACUUAGUACCUAUCCGGAUGAAACAAGUUUGGCAAAAGCAAUAACCAAGGAGCUCAAUUCGAUACCGGUUGGCGAAUACAAAAAGACAUAUCAAAAGUGGAUUGAGAGGAUGACACUUUGUGUCGAGCAUCACGGUGAUUACUUUGAACAUUUGUUGUAG